GUUUAGCAGAAUCAAAUGUUAAUGUUUCGCAAUCAUCCACUCCAUCACCUAUCGAGGAUCACUCUGAUGGGGAGAAUGAACCGAUCACAGAAUCUUUAACUCAUUAUGGAGCAGAUCACUCUGUGGAUAGUACUGACUCCAUACCGUCAGAGCAAAAUCUCGUUAAUACUUCUGAAAAGAUAGCCUUUAAAGGGCGAGACUAUGUCAUCUCUAGUAACCCCGACUUAUCAGAACAAGCUUCUACAGAACGAAAUACCAACUUGCAAAAAGACAAGCAAAUAUCAUUCGGUGAAAAAGUACUCCAACUUCAGCCACAUCGAAGCUUUGUAUAUGUAGUGUCAACAGACUGUAUUUUCAAGUAUCAAUACAUAGCACCCCAGAAAUUAGAAUACAACAACACCUACCAUGCUGGUAAUACUGGUAACGAUUAUGGAAAGCUCUCCGAAAGACUUGGGAUGGGUCGAACCAUCAUUAAAUUCGGCGAUGAAACUGUAAGGCUAGUUCGAUCCAUUGGUGUGGGUAGAACUAGUUUUGUUAAAGGGAUACACAAUAGUGUACCUGUGACUGUGAAAAUGGCAAAAAAGACGAAUUAUUUGCCUUGUUUGAAAGAGAAAGACACUCUUGUUAUGUCUCCACUUGGUGAGAGAAUUAAUGAUUUGCGAAAAAAGGAUAUUAAAGAUAUCAUCACCAUUCUCGAAGAAGUGCAAUCACGAAAACAUUCUAUUAUUGAUUGGGGUUAUAGUACAUUGAAUAAUGAAAAUACCAAGCUUGCAGGAGCACUUGAGUGUAUGCUGGAUGAAAUCCUGACAUCAAUAAUUGACGAGAAAAACACUGUUUAUGAGCAGAAAGUUGUUUUGUUUUGUUUUGUGCAGUCAUUCUAUCUGAUGCUUCAUAGACCAUCAAUGGAGAGGAUUGCCUUUGAUAUAAAUGAUAAUAUCAAGUGCGGGUCACUUGAUAAUUUAUUGGAUCAAACAAAGAAUGUACCUUAG